AUGGCACCGGCACUGAUCGAAGAAAGUAUCAAGGACUAUGUCGUCCCCAAAAAGGAUACCUUGGGAUUACCCGAGCCAACAUUGAAAAGGUUAACCAAAGCAGGCAUUGAUUUGUCACACGGGUAUCCCUAUCGCCCCAAUCGCCCGUUGUAUCUUCAGGAUGUAUACAACAUCAGAAACAAGGAGCGAAAACAUGUCGAUGCAGGUGCCAGAGCCGACAAGUCGAAACACGCACUACUGUCUGCUGCCACAAAGGUCACCGACUUGACCACACACAUUGGCACCGAGAUAGAGGGCCUCCAGCUCAAAGAUCUUACAGAUCAACAAAAGGACGAGCUCGCCCUAUUAAUCGCGGAGCGGAGUGUCGUCUUCUUCCGUGACCAGGACCUCUCACCUCAGCAACAGAAAGAGCUUGGGGAGUACUAUGGCGAGGUCGAGAUUCAUCCCCAAGUUCCACAAGUCCCUGGAGUGCCAGGAGUGACUGUCAUCUGGCCAGCGCUUCAAGCCACCGAGAUAACCGCGAGCUUCCGUAAACCAGGCGGUGCUUCCCGUUGGCAUACCGAUCUUGUGCAUGAACGUCAACCUGCAGGAAUAACUCACCUUCACAACGACACGGUUCCUCCAACUGGAGGAGACACACUCUGGGCCAGCGGAUACUCGGCAUACGAGAAACUGUCCCCAGACUUCCGUAAACUGAUUGAUGGCAAGCAGGCGGUGUAUAGAUCUGCUCAUCCAUAUCUCGAUCGAGAGAAUCCGACUGCGGGUCCUCAGUACAUCGAGAGGACUCAUCCAUUGGUUCGCGUACACCCAGCUACCGGGUGGAAAGCUUUGUGGGUCAAUAGAGCAAUGACGAGCCGAAUCGUUGGCCUUGACAAGGCCGAGAGUGAUCUCAUCCUAGGAUACUUGUUCGACGUGUAUGAGAGGAACGUGGAUAUUCAGGUAAGAUUCAAAUGGACUCCGGGGACAAGUGCAUUGUGGGACAACAGAAUCACCAUCCAUAAUGCGUCUUGGGAUUAUGGUGGGAACUAUCCACGCCACGGAACACGAGUCACGUCGCUCGCUGAAGUUCCUUAUUUCGAUCCUAGUGCCCCUACGCGCCGUGAAGCGCUAGGUCUCCUGGAUCCAGAUGAGAAGAAGGUCGACGGGGUCUUGGUGGAAACCUGA